UUAAUGUAUAUUAUUUCAAAAUCCUUGUAAGGAAAUUUUGAGGCACAAUUAGUUUGCCAUGCAUGUUAAGAUAAUUUAAUUAUAAACAAUGCUAUUUAUGGUAUUGAUGUUAGUAUAUUGUCCGAUAGUGAUCCCAACAAGAUAUAUUUUGGAGUUUUGAGUUUUGGGAAGGGAAUAAUAUAUUUCACACCCUGAAAUAGAAUAUAAUUCAUGGAGUUGCUAGAAGGUGCCAUAAUUCUGUGCUCCUACGAGAAUGGCUAAUAGGCCUGACAGCAAAGUACUAUAUUUGGAGCAAAAACAAACCAACAUGCAACUUCUAACAUCAAGAGACAUUAGUCAGGUUAGACACCAUAUUGAAUUAAACAUUUAUAAAAACGAAAGUUACCGUUUUUGCGAUGGCAUGCACUGUAAAGUCCUAGAUCACGUAAUUUUCACAACUUCUGUGCAGUUUUUGUUGACGUUCCGUUUACUUGUUAAACAAUACUACAAUCCAUUGAACGCACUGUAUUUCUAUCACUCACUGUCUCGUUUUCAUUCCUGUCAAAAAUUCAAUAUGUCACUACCCUGACUUAAGUCUACGUUGGCGGCAAAAUCAUGCUCUGGCGCACUUUUUGACAAGAGGAACUGGGUAGCUUGCACUCAACACGUGGAUAAUUGAUCUGCCAAACUGAUGUGUGGCAAUUCAAAUUUGCCAAAGCCUAUGUACUAAAGCACUGAAUAUUUGAGAACCCAAAUGUACUUCUUAUUUCCCCAGGUGUUCACCAUGCUCACCAGCUUUGUGGAUGGAAUAUUCUGUUGCUUUACAGGGAAGUCCACUAACGUUGUAGUCCCUAUUGAGUCUUCCGAGCCCACCGAUGGUUUUGAAUUUGUUGAGGUAAAGCCAGGAAGGGUUCUGAGAGUUCGGCAUAUUAUCCCAGACAGACCAGUGGUUGAGGAGCCAGGGACUGGGGAAGGGGGUACGGUCAGCUGCAAGCGCAAAAUCUCAGUGUACCGAAAUGGACAGCUUCUGAUCGAGAACGUCAAUGAAGCCACCCAUCCAGAGUUGGUCCGCUAUCAGAAUGGAGACAGCACUGUGGAUACGGAUGUUUCCAAUUGUGAGGCUCCCCCUGCAGCUCAGGCUUCUGAACACACGCCGGGGUCGGCGACCGCAGGACAGGCUAUGGAUAGCAAACCUGCACCUCAGCAGAAUCUGCAGCAAGUGCAGCGCAGACGGCGCAAACCCAAAUGCUCCAUUGUGAUUGACUGUGAGCGGAAGAUCACAUGCUGCAAAGGUACUCACCCUGAUGUGGCCUUGUUCUUCAUUCAUGGAGUUGGGGGCUCGUUGGAUAUCUGGGGAAGCCAACUGGACUAUUUCUCCCAACUUGGUUACGAGGUCAUUGCCCCAGACUUGGCUGGCCAUGGUGCAAGUUCAGCUCCUCAGAUUCCCGCUGCCUAUACCUUUUACGCUUUGGCUGAGGAUGUUAGGAUCAUCUUCAAGCGAUAUGCAAAGAAGCGUAAUAUUUUAGUAGGACACUCUUAUGGUGUCUCGUUUUGUACCUUCUUGGCUCAUGAGUAUCCGGAACAAGUUCAUAAAGUUGUGAUGAUUAACGGUGGAGGUCCUACAGCACUCGAGCCCAGUCUCUGCUCUGUCUUCAACUUGCCCACGUGUGUCCUUAAUUUCCUGUCCCCGUGCCUCACCUGGAGCUUUCUCAUGGCUGGAUUUGCCCAUCAGGGAAUGAGAGAAAAGAAACUGCUAAAAGAGAACAAUGCCUUCAACGUGUCUUCCUUCGUUCUACGGUCCAUGAUGAGUGGACAGUACUGGCCGGAGGGAGACGAGGUUUACCAUGCUGAAAUCACAGUGCCUGUUCUGCUGGUUCACGGCAUGUACGACAAGUUUGUACUAGUACAAGAGGACCAACGUAUGGCAGAGAUCCUAUUGCUGGGGUUCCUGAAGAUCAUAGAUGAUGGAAGUCACAUGGUCAUGAUGGAGUGCCCUGACCUAGUUAAUACUCUCUUACAUGAAUUCUUUCUGUGGCAGCCAGCAACCACCUCAAACCCCAAGCAGGAAUCAGCCCCCACAAAGACCACCACUACCAAACCUCCAGAGGACACAAGACCAAAAACCGCCUCCAAGUCACCGUCCAAAUCUCAACCAGACUUGAUAAGACCAACAACUGCACCAAAAAGCAUCAAUACUGGGACAGAGACUACAGUGGACAUCAGAUCUAAGGGCAUGAAAUAGCUUGUCUACCUAUAAACAAGUGAUGGUAUACAUUUAAAAGUGUUCAAUUUGCUCUGCUCUUGCAUGUGGGCCAAAUUUAAUGGAACUGUUUGAACGUAUGGUCAUUGUAUAUUUACUAGUUGGUGUAU